UUAGUAUUUAUUAGAGUUUUGACUUACAAGUUUACUGUGAAUGUAAUUUUUUUGGUUUUUUCCACCUGUGAUUGAAUUUCUUGUAUUGUUAUUGUCCUUACCCCCUCCACGUCCCGAUUUUCCCCAUCCUGUCACUCGUACAACUGACGUCAUUCAUGAUUACAACAUUUCCCAUCGCAGGAAAACAGAGAGCGCGGCAGCGCGAGUGAGAGAGUGAGUGAAAGAGUAGUUUUGAAAACAACUGUCUGUGGUGUGGAGUGUUCGCAUAUUUGUGCGAUUUAGUCGGUGAUUGCCUUUUUUAAAAUGGAUUCUGCGUUGCGAGAGCAAGUGAUGAUCAACCAGUUCGUGUUGGCGGCGGGGUGCGCCCGCGACCAGGCCAAACAGAUCCUCCAGUCGGCCCAUUGGCAAUUCGAGACAGCACUCAGUAUAUUUUUUCAAGAUGCAGCUUUACCUACCUGCCCACCAGGUGCUUCAGCACACUUUGGUCAAGUGAUGACGCCGUGCAACACGCCAGCGACGCCUCCGAAUUUCCCCGACACCCUGCUAGCAUUUUCUAAAUUGUCGACGGGCAACGGAAAUAGCCCGGCGACCAAUAAUAACAACGGGACCCCUCAAGCCCGUCAAUCUCCACAGCCGACAACACAACAACGAUAAAAUGCAUAUAUUYCUAGUGCACCCGAAAUUCAGAUGAUGCUCAGAGAACUAUAUGUAAAUUCAGUGACUGUUAGUGGAUAUYUUGUUGAAGAAGUACCUAAUCAUACUUCUAUUUUGUUGAAGUGGAUUUUUAUUUUAUUGAUGAGGGUUGCCUCUAAUAUCAGUCCAGCUAGAAACGUAGAUUUGAUCAAGUGUAAAUUCAUUCACUGACAGAGUUCCUGCAAGUGCAACUAAGUAGGUUUCAGUUAUAUGUUAAGUAUUUUAAAUGUCAGAUUUUGUAAUUGGAGUAUUCAUAUCUCACUCACAAAAGACAACACCAUGGAAUGUUGCAAAUUUAUAGCUGAAGUAAUAAUUACCUGAUACAACAGCAUUGACGAUUCAAAUAAAUUUUCAAUCAUACUGUGAUGGAGGUUUUUUUAGUACUGGAAGAGUAUAUUGUUUUAAAGAUCUAUGUUAUUUAUAGAACAACAAAUAAUAAUUUAUUACGAGCAAAACAAUUUGAUUAUUUAUUAUGCACCAAUUUAACAAUUUUGAAACGACAGAUAUUUUCCUCACAUGUAUGUGUACACAAUAUGAUUGUAUAUUAGAAUAAGAUAAUUUUAUUUGUAAAACUAGAAAUAAUUCAACAGUGUAAAAUAUCAGAUCAAGAAAAAAAUUUCUGUAGUUAGCUAAUUCCAUGUAAACUUUUUACAGUUCUGAUAUUUUUAUACUGUGCCAUCUGUGCUUUAAAAGUGCAGUAUUAAAGUGGCAGAAUAAGAAGGUGCUUUUUCUUCUAGUUCUUAUAAUUCAUAGCUGGAUUUAAUGUAAUUAAUUUGUUUGUUAUUUUGUAUAUAUUUAGUUUAAGUUGAAAUUGCGAGCCUAUAACAGCUCAUCUUCCUACUUUCAACAAUAUAAUUACAAUAAUAAAUUCAGUACAA